AUGGAGAAACCGUGGAAAUGUGGGGAGUAUGGGAAUGGUUUCCCUUCGCCAUCUACACUGGAGAUUCAUCGACGUUUGCACACCGGGCAGCGGCUGUUCACCUUCACUCAGUGCAGGAAAGGCUUCACUCAGUUACACCACCUGCUGCCGCACCAGCGGAUGAACACCGGGGAGAAACCGUUUUCCUGCUCUGUGUACGGGAAGGGCUACACCCAGUCGUAUCACCUGAUGCUCAGCUUCCGCGUCCACACUGAGGAGAAGCCGUUCACCUGUCCAGUGUGGAGCAAUGACUUCUGUGAUUCCUCCACCCUGCGCAAACACCAGCGCAUCCACACCAAGGAGCGGCCGUUCACCUGUCCAGUGUGUGGGAAGGGCUUCACCCAGUCGUGCAACUGUGGAGACACCAGCAACUUCACAAGUUAG